AUGGAUGAUUUCAACCUUGAGCCUACCUCCAAGAUGGAGGUAGAGACUGCCGUCGCAAAAAAUGCCAUUCUGGCGACUGCCACUUUAUCGAUUUCGGUUACCUCUAUGUGGAGGUUAAAGAACGAAUGGCAGGUGGCAAAGGUUAGAGUACCAAGAUCCAACAAACCCACCGAGGUCAGCUACUUCAGGGUUGACUGGACCAGCUGCAGGUUCAGAAUCCGCCACCCAGAUGCCACAAAAUGCUUCAAAUUCGGUUACGCCCAGGGCAACUGCUCGACUCCAGACUUGAAGGACGCAUGUCGGAAAUAUGGGGAGAAAUCCCACAAGGGAAUGGAGUAA